AGUUGGAGUGUGUGGACGAAGGACUACUGCAGUUCUGCGCAAACAAGCUAAAGCUGUUACAUCUUUAUGAACUAGUUAGUAAACUGAAUUCCCAGAGCAUACAGAAAGACACUCUGCCCUCAGACAGCGACUUGGCUAAACUACUUCGGCUGGAAGAAACAGAUUUUCAUAGACUCCAAACUUUACUGGAGAACUACAAGAAACAAAACACCCAAACUACUGUUCAGUUUGAUGAGAAGGAUGAUGUAUUGUCUGUGAAAAUGUUCUUAGAGUAUUUGGAAUACGAAAAGGACGUGAUUAAUGUGAAAAAUAUGGAAGAUGGAGAGUAUGUGGCUUUAGGCAGCUUUUUCUUCUGGAAGAGUUUGUGUGGAGAUAGUUCCACAGAGAGAAUAUGUCAUGCAUUGGAAUCGGCGGGUUUUAGCCCUCAAAUCUUGUUGUCACUCCUUCUCAAUUUAUGGCUUUCCAAGGAAAAAGAUAUUCUAGACAAACCAGAUUCUGUCAGUUGCCUUCACACUAUGCUGUCACUUCUGAGCAAAAUGAAAGUCGCUAUAGAUGAGUCAUGGGACACUCAGUCGGUUUCUCCCUGGUGGCAGCAAAUGCGUACCGCUUGCGUUCAGUCUGAAAACAACGCAGCUGCCUUGCUGUCCGCUCACGUUGGGCAUGCCGUAACCGCACAGAUGAUUGACAGUGUGACAGAGAAAAAGUUUUCCCAGAUAAUUGUAGGUUCGGACACAGAAUCCUGGGAAGCACUUUCCCUUGAUACUGAAUAUUGGAAACUUCUGCUGAAACAGCUAGAGGAUUGUCUGAUCCUUCAAACACUACUGCAUAGCAAAGUGAGCACAAGGACAAAGAGAGUUUCAUCGCUCCAGACUGAGCCUUUGGGAAGGCUUUCUGUAAAGAAAUUGCUUGAAGCUGGAAAAGGAGGUAUUGCUGACACUGUAGCGAAGUGGGUUUUUAAGCAGGACUUCAGUCCUCUUGUACUGAAUUUGGCCCAACACAAAACCAGUGCAGAUAGUACUGAAGAACCUGUAGAAAUGCAUACCCAUAUCUUUCUUGAGGAACCAGAAGCAGAUGCAGGCUUGGAGACAAUCCUAGAGCUGCUGCGACUAGCAUAUCAGCAAUUCCCAUGUAGCCUCGAAGUGGAUGUACUCCAUGCACACUGCAGUUGGGAAUACGUAGUGCAGUGGAAUAAAGACCCAGAGGAAGCAUGCUUUCUCAUUAGGUCUAUAGAUCAUCUAAGAUGCAUCGUUAACGCUCAUGUUCAGCACGGUAUCGCCCUGAUGAUGUGGAAUACGUUCAUAGUAAAAAGGCUUUCUUCUGCUACGUAUCUCAUGGACAAGGUUGGAAAGGCUCCGAAGGACAGAUUAUGCAGACGGGACGUAGGUAUGAGUGACACAGCGAUGACGGCUUUUCUUGGCUGCUGCUCGGACCUUCUGCAAACGUUGCUAGAGGCUGAUGUUAGCAGCGACGAAAUGCAGGCUCCUGUCCUAGACACGGAAGAUGCCUGGGUGUCGGUAGAAGGACCAGUGUCGAUAGUGGAACUAGCCCUCGAGCAGAAACGCAUUCACUACCCGCUCGUGGAGCACCAGUUUGUCUUGUGUACCGUCUUGUACGCCAUCAUGAGGUUUUCUCUGAAGAGCGUGAAGCCUCUUUCGCUGUUUGAUAGCAAGGGCAAAAACGCAUUUUUCAAAGACCUUACUUCAAUUCAGCUGCUACCCAGUGGGGAUGUAGAUCCAAAUAUGUUAUCCAUACGGCAGCAGUUCUUGGUGAAAGUUGUGGGUGCGGCGGUUCAAGCACUGUGUUCAUCACAAAAGGCCAAAGAAGCCUCGGAAGAGGAAUUGUUUCCUUUUGAAAAGGGGAAGAAUUGGCCAACUUUGGCUGCGGACAUGGCUCAGUGUCUCCAAGUCCCCGAGGACGUGGUCAGAAGGCAUUACGUCUGCGAACUCUAUAGUUACGGGAUGGAUCACCUUGGCGAAGAGGCCUUCCUUCAGGUGGCUGACAAAGAAGUGCUUGCAUCCCAGCUGCUCAUCCUGGCCGGGCAGAGACUGGCCUUCGCUUUACUCCACGUGCAGACGAAGGAGGGCAUGGAACUCCUCGCUAGGCUUCCUCCAACCCUGUGUACCUGGCUCAAAGCUAUGGACCCCCAGGAACUUCAGAACGUGGAAGUGCCGAUCCCGACGACAGCUAAGCUAGUUAACAAGGUUCUGGAGCACUUACCCGAGAAUCACGGGCAGUACAGCCUCGCCUUGAACCUCAUCGAGGCCGUGGAAGCUGUCUCAUCCUGA